GUUUGGUAGCGGUCUAGUAUGAAAUACUACUAGCAACAUUCUCCGUUCCUGGAAAAUAGUACCAAGAGCUAAGCACGGACAUGAUGAGAUAUAUAUAUCCGGGCUAUUUAAUUGCCGCUGGAUGCUAUCUAUUUUCAGAACUUCAACUACUUACUCUUCAGUAGCCCCAUGCAUGUAUAAUCUACUACUUCGUACUAGUUCUACUAUGGACAAGCAAAUUCGAAUAACUUCCUACGCGCAAUUCAGGUUAGCGCGUCCUACUCCACUGUCACUGUCAAGUGCCCAUCUACAAACUUUGAACCGAGUGGAGCCUCGAAUAAAGAUCGUCUCGGGCGAGUUUCAACCGGUUUUGAGGGCGCACACGAAGCAAGUCCGCGACCCAACACGUGCAUUCUACACCUGUGAAAUCAACAUCUCCCAUCAUUGUGGCGUUACUGCACGCAAAUGCAGUGUCAACCGCGCCAAGGGCGCCACGGCGAUCCUCGCAAACCUUCUACCUUGUAAAGCCGCCCGCUUAGCGGAAAGCGUUCUUCCACCACUCCAGGUUAUGAUCUCCGGCACUCGGCCGUUGUGCGGACACCGGAAAUGUUGUGUAAUCCGAGGCAACACCAACAUUGAGCCCAGACAGAAAGCCCCAUUGGACUUGUCAACGGAGAUUUCCGAGUGAUAUAUAAAUCCGGCACACCCGAUCAAAGUUUCGCAGCCGCUCCGGAGAAGUUUCUUAGACGUGUCACACAGCCGCAGGCAGGGAAGGGAGGGUGCGACAGGCGGGUAAACGAUCGGGCCCCGUGUUGAUGACCAUUGCUUCAAUUGUCGUCCAAUUCAAUUGGCCGAAAGGAAGGAGGAAACCCAAGCAGUAUUGUUUGAACGCAGUUCGCUCAAUGUGGCCUAAGGGGCAAAAAACAAGAUUAGUGUAGAGUUAAAAAGUCGGGGAGCUGAGAAAGAGCGACAGUGGCUGCCCGCAAGCGUGCGCGCUAACGCGGGUCUAUCUAUGCGGAUUUAAUUUCCAGACCCCGAAGUGCGCGUAACCCAUCCAAGCCUUGUCCAACAGUAUUUUGUGUGCGUGCCUCCCAC